AUGGCGGACAAGUAUGCCGCACAGGACCUCUCCGAUGCCGCUCUGGGAGGGCCGAUUGGCCUGAAAGACGGCUAUUUCAUCGACGGACACGGCCGCACGCUCACGCUGCACGGCCUCAACGUCUCGGGGGCCAGCAAGCUGCCGACGGAACCCAACGGCCUGUCCCAUCUCACCGACGGCUUCUUCGAGCACCGCACCGUAACCUUCGUCGGCAGGCCGUUUCCCCUGCAGGACGCCCCGCUGCACUUCCGCCGCCUGCGGGCCUGGGGACUCCCCCUCGUCCGCCUCCUCGUGACGUGGGAGUCCCUCGGCCACGCCGGCCCGGAUCCCGAGACGGACCUUGACUUUGAGUACAUUGAUUACCUGCGCCAGCUCAUCGAGCUCAUGCCCAAGUACGGCAUCAAGUGCUUCGUCUGCGCCCACCAGGACGUCUGGAGCAGGUUCAGCGGCGGGAGCGGCGCCCCCGGGUGGACUUUCGAGGUCGCGGGACUCGACGUCGAGGCCUUCACCGACACGGGCGCCGCCUAUGUGCACGGCCAAGACGAGCUGCGCCGCGCCAAUGCGCCUGUCAACGAGAAGGAGCCCAGCGGUCCCUUCGUGUGGCCUUCGGGGUACCAGAAGCUGGCUGCGUCGACAAUGGCCACGCUGUUUUGGGCGGGAGAUGCUCUCGCGCCGAACCUGCGCUGUCCGCGGCCCCAGAGCUCGGCGAAAGGCGACACUGUUUCCGUGAGGGAGUACCUUCAGCACGCUUUCGUAGAAGCGUUUGGCCGACUGGCCGACGAGGUCAGCGGUCUUGAGGCCUGCGUUGGCUUCGAGCCGUUGAACGAGCCCCAUCGCGGCCUCAUCAACCUCCACGGGUUUGACGGGUGGAACUAUGACACCGACCUCCACAUCGGAUAUUACCCGUCGCUGACGCAAGCUCUUGCGCUCGCCAGCGGCUACGCCCAGGAGGUGGAUUACUACGUGAAGUCGUGGCCGUUCCCAACUCGCGUCUCGCACCGAACUCUCGUCGACCCCAAGGGAAGAUCGGCUUGGUUGACUGCGAAGCCAGACGCUGCGAAGCCUCAGAACUACGGCCUGGGCGAGUGUGUCUGGCGCGCUCACGGUGUUUGGGAAUGGGACGAGACGAAGAAAGGCCCGAAAGUGCUGCAGAAGAACUACUUCGAGGUGGACCACCGGCCGGGCAGCGAAGGGAAACCUAUCGAGUGGUACAGAGACUUCUACGGCCCGUUCCUGAAGCGCUUCUCUGACCGCGUCUCCCGCAAAUCCCCUCGCCAGUUCUGCUUCUUUGAGCCCAUACCGAACGAGUUCAUGCCGCCCUGGAUCGGGCAAGGGGACAAAGCGGACGAGUCGGCGCAGAAGCAGACGUAUGCGACCAAAACCAUAAUCGACACCCAGCGGCCGGGAAACCUCGUGUUUGCGCCUCACUUCUACGACCUCAACGUCUUGUUCAGCAAACACCACUCGUGGAUGAGCGUCAACGUGCAGGGUGCGUCGAGAGGCAUGUUCAUACUCAAGGCGCUCUACUUCGGCGCGAAGGCACUGCGGAAAAACUACCGCCUUCAGCUUUCCAAUAUCCUGAAGUACGGGAAAAAGUCGUUGGGCGGCCACGUCCCGGCCCUCAUCGGCGAGGUCGGCAUCUCUUUCGACAUCAACGGCGGCGCGGCGUUCAAGACCGGCGACUACGACAAGCAGCGCGAGCUGAUGCACGCCCUUAUCUCGGCCAUGGAGGACAACCAGGUCGCCUUCACGCUGUGGAACUACAACCCCGACAACCGCGUUGAGCACGGCGACGGCUGGAACAUGGAGGACUUCUCUGUCGUCAACGGCAACACCGAAGCCAGGCCCGGCCACAUCCUCCCCGACUACGCCAACGAGGCCCACGAGGAGGACGAGAUGUACCGCGGGGGCAGAGUGCUGGACGUCAUCAUCCGGCCCUAUGCCGUCAAGGUUGCCGGACGGCCCCUACGGUCGGACUGGGACUCCCGAACCCUGCAUUACGAGUUUGAAUGGGUGACAGAGACCCCUGACGCGGACCAUACAGGGAAGAAAAAGUCGGACAAGUCGCGGACGACCGAGGUAUUUGUGCCCAACUAUCACUAUGCUGGGCGCGGCAUCCAAGUCAAGGUCAGCGGGGGCGAGUGGUCGUACGACCCGGACCUGCAGACGCUCUACGUCCAUCACGACGCCAGCAGGACCGACCACCGGUUGACCAUCGAUAUUCCCAACGUGCCGAAACACCUCAUGGAGACGGUGGAACGGCGACGCCGCGCGUUCCCGCCACGCUUCCCCCUGAGCCUGGUCUCGCCCAGCACCGAACUGGCGAUGGAGGAGUUGAUGCUGACGUACUUACGGAUCAUCAUACGAGAGUUUGGUAUCUUCUCGCAAUCAGGGUCGACUAGAGAAGAGAAGCCCAUAUUUGACAAGGACCAACAUAAUACAUCACACCUACCCAAUCACCGCCUAAGCAAGCUCGGCAAGAUGAUGAUGGGCUACGACGAUGACGAUGGCCAGGGGAGCCGGCUCUUUGAGCACCGCGCCAGCGACCCGCACAGGCUGGUACCAAGAUCAGAACUCGUCGUUUACGACCCCCGGAAGCAAGUCUUCGGCCUCCAGAUGUACUCGUGGCAAAUAAAACGCGUCGUACCCGACCCCGGAUCCCUCGUCGUCUACAUCGACGGCGCCUGCCGGGACAACGGGGCCCGCGCGGCCCGGGGUUCGUGGGGCGUCUACUUCGGCCCCGGGUCCCAGUAUAACCGCUGCGGCCUGCUCGCGCCGGACCUCCCGCAGACCAGCUCGCGCGCCGAGAUCGAGGCCCUGGCCCAGGCGCUCGACGCCCUCCACGAGAUCACGCGCCGCGACUACUCCCUGAGGCAUAUCACGAUCGCGACGGACUCGGAGUACCUCGCCCACGCCAUGUCGCUGUGGAUCGGGGACUGGAUCGAGAACGAGGGGAUGACCGCCCGCGGCCGCCGGGUCGCGCACUUCGAGACGCUGAAGGCGCUGCACGAGCGGCUCGACGAAAUGACGUACGGCGACGAUGGCGGGCUGGACUUCAUGUUCUGGCCGAUCCCGAGGGAAGAGAACACGGAGGCCGACAGGCUGGCCAACCAGGCUUUUGAGUAG